AUGACUGACAAACAAUCUAAACUUGCUGUUUUGCCUAUAUCUAGAGUUCGAACUAUCAUGAGAAGCUCCCCUGAUGUUGGAAGUAUCAGCCCUGAAUCUUGUUUUCUAAUUACAAAGGCCGCGGAAGGCUUCGUUGCUUUUUUAAUUCGGCAGGCUUUAAUGGCCAGCAACAACAAGACUCUGAUUGACUACAAAGAUUUAUCAAAAGUUGUGGGCGAUCAAGAAGUUUUCUCCUUUCUAAAAGAUAUUUUGCCUCCUCGAAUCAAAGCAGCCAAAUAUCUUGAAUUGUUGAAACAAGUUGAAGCGAGUGAAAGACGGGUGAAUGCCGAACUCCAUGAUCUGUGAUUUAACUAUAAUAAAACAAAAAGUAAUAUUUUUUAUUGUGCGAAACUCAUCUUGUGUAAUUCAUAGUGACAAAUGCUUCAUCUUUUCAAAUGCCAACUAUAAUCAGCACUAGGAUUUCUUUUUCUUCAAUUUAAAUAAUCUUUAUAACAGGAAAUUAUAUUUUCUAUUAUUCCUACAAGACUAUCAAGUUAGCCAACAAUUGUUGUGAAACUUUAUCUAAUAAACACUAACUGUAUUAUA